AUGUACUCCGAAAGCAGCGUCUCCCUUCGGAGCAGUGGUGGGAAUAUGGGAGCAGUGGCAGUGGAUGGGUACGCGGAAUCACGUAUCCAGUCUGAUGUGGACGGGAAAAUGCCCAAUAUAUCCCUGUCCCAGUCGGUGUAUUCACGCUGGACGUUCAAGCACAAUGGGGCGGAAUCCUGCCUGGCCAUCAGUCUGGGAACCACCGUGCAGAGCCAUCUCGAGAGUGGCUCGUACGUCGGCUGGAAGAGCAAGGAAACCAAGACCUUCGUUCAGGAGCUGGCGAAGGCUAUAGAAAAGCAAUGCAUUGCUGGGGACUCAAAGACCAGGCGGGACAGCAUCGAACGGCGCCAGCUUGUGAACCCGAACUUCGACCUAGACCUGUAUCUCCGCUCAAAUGGAGCGGACUAUUCACUUACUUCCCGGGAAACAUCAUGUAUCAGUUUGGCCCGAUCAAGCUGGAUCAGACCUGCGCCAAUUUGCAAUAGCCAGCAGCUAGUUCUGGGGAUCAGGUCAGCCCAUGGAGAUCUAUCGGAGACAUACAUCUUGGGUAUUUCCCCACUGUACAUAGCUUAUACAUUCAUCACAUGGGAGCAGACGCGCAAAAUGUAA